CAGUGCGGCUGAAUACAAUAUAAUACUCAUUUCUUUAAAAAAUCAUUCGGUAUUCAGGAGACACUAUCAGUUUAGAAUGCAAUAUAUUCAAUUUUCCCGCAAUGGACAAGCCCAAGGCUGUAAAGUUUUCCCUUAUUCGACUAGUUCAUAAAACGAACUCUGGAAAGCUUUUAGAAAAGAAGACACUGUCAUUCAAAGCGUUAGAUAUAGUAAUCAACUCUAACACCUCAACAGCAUCAAGCCAGCAGGCAGCAAUUAUCGAAUUGAGCGUGCCCUCAAACACUCCGCCAAGUAUUUUUCCAGACUCAGGGCAAAAAAUUAGCAUUUCUUACGUAAUACAAGCAGAACUUACGAUGAAAGGUGUCAAAUCAGCUAUCAAAUUGAAACCUGCUUACAUGCAAGAAAUAUCUAUAGUCAUUGGCACUUUUCGGAAAGGUGAACCACGUGAAAAUCAAUUUAACAGCAUCGAAGGAAGUGUGGUGAAUGUAAAUUCGACUUUAGGCUAUGAAACUUAUAGCUCACCUUUUCAAGCUGUGACACUCGACAAUGAUAAUUCCAAUAUCAGUAAAACAUUUCCUACUAAACUAUAUCGACAAAAUACAGCAGGAUUUGAUUUGAGAGAAGGCUCUAUAACUAGCACUUCUACUUCCUCCGCUAGAAUUAGAAAGCACAGAAGUCAGCAAAAUUAUUAUACUACAAUAUCAUCAAUACCUACUGCUGAUUCAAUCACCCCUCUAACCAGAUUAAGUACAGCAAUCACAACUACUAUUAGCAAUAAUAACAAUGAUAUUAAUCUAGCCAAGAAGAAAUACUUCACAGUAAAUAAUACAACCGCAAAUGGGAGACUAUCGGGUAUUCCCCCAUUAAAGGAUAGCUCCACUACUACCACUUCGUCCUCGUUCUCAUCAUUUACGUUACCAAUGACGCCAAUCUCUACAUACCAUAUGGAUAUGAAUGACUAUUUACCUUCUUGUUUAUCAAGUGUAAAUACUCUUGCCAGCACCUCUCCGAAAAGAAGCACUGUAAUAGACUACUACAUUAACAAUACAUAUUCUUCUUCACCCUUACAUCAGCAACCAAUAACUCCUUUGGAAUCUUCCGUCUCGACUUCUUCUUAUGCAGAUCGAUCACUGACGCCUUUACCUGCGUUGACAACUAUUAAAAAUAGUAAAAGUCAUACUCAAAAACGUCAAGGGUCGAAAAACUUUACUUCUUCAAAACCAGCAACAGAAGCACUUGCUGGCUACUACAAAGACACUAAAAAGGAGAAGGAGUUGCCCUUACUAAAAAAGCAUCCGGAACAUGUUCAGCAGCAAGGUUUGAAAGUAUCUUCAGCGUCUAUCAUUUUAUCGUCGCCAAACGAAAUUGGGCCUGAUGAUGUUAUGGUUUCUAGCGAUAAAGAAAAUACCAGUAUGAAGGAUACCGAGAAUAAAAUUGCUGCUUCUAUGGUUACUGAAAUAGCCGAACAUCAUACCGAAAUAGGAGAAAAGUAUUCAAGGAACAUUGAUAAAACUCUGCCAACACUAAAACUCGAUCAAGAGAAAACAUUAGCCAUUACGGAUUCUGGUCAGCUACGACAGCAUAAGGGGAACUGCGAUGAAGCCUUUUGUAAUGAUAAUAACCUUUUGAACAGGAAAUGGAAUGCACACAGUAACAUUUUUUAAAGCAAUAAUAAAACAAGAGAC